GUCUAAAGCAAGUUUUUCAUUGCUGACAAAGUAAAAAGGAGUCCAGAAAAAGACUGUUGAUGCUACACAGUUUUCCACCGGUUUGUAUGGUUGUCAUGAACUCUUGACUUUUGGCUCCACCGUGCCUUUUACUGCUAUGACCAGACCAUUAAGGCUUGGGCAUUUAUAUCUGCAGUAUCUGCAUCUUCAGGUUUGCCAUCCUCUCCAGUUCAUCAUGCAUCUCCUCAUAGAUUUCACCUUGCUCCUCUUCCUGUGCACCCAAGCAAAUUCUGCCGCGACGGACUCCAUCUUGACCGGCCAAGCACUUGCUGUCAGUGACAAGCUCGUCUCCAAAAAUGGCAGGUACGCGCUUGGCUUCUUCAACACAAGCAGCAGCCAAGACACCACCAACUGGUACCUUGGCAUAUGGUUCAAUACAGUCCCCAAGUUUACUUCCGCAUGGGUCGCAAAUAGGGAUACACCAAUCAAGAGCACCACCGCACUAGAGCUCACAAUCUCCCAUGAUGGCAACCUUGUCAUCUUAAACGGGUCCACCAAGUCUAUAAUCUGGAGCACACAAGCAAACAUCACAAGAAAUAGCACCACUGCUAUGCUUUUGAGUAGUGGAAAUCUCAUCCUGACAGACUCUUCAAACUCAGCAGAGGUUCUGUGGCAGAGCUUUGAUCACCCCAGAGAUACACUUUUCCCUGGGGCAAAGCUUGGAUGGGAUAAGGUCACUGGCCUGAACCGUAAGCUCGUCUCUUGGAAGAACUUGAUUGGCCCAGCUACCGGUGUGUACUGUCAUAGGUUAGACCCCAGUGGUGUCAAUCAGUUAUUGCUUACACCAUUGAACUCCUCCAUACCAUAUUGGUCGAGCGGUGUAUGGAACAACAAAUACUUUCUCUCAAUAGCAGAGAUGACAAGCAGCAACCAAGUUUCGAACACAACAUUUGUCCACAACGACCAAGAGAAGUACAUGGUAUUUAACUUAGUCGAUGAAUCUAUGGUUACUCAUUUUGCAGUUGACGUCUCAGGUCGACUAAAACAAUCCAUUUGGUUGGAGAGUUCACAGGAUUGGACAAUGAUCUAUGCCCAACCAAAACUUCAGUGUGAUGUCUAUGCAAUCUGUGGACCUUUCACAAUUUGCAAUGAUAAUGAGCUUCCAUAUUGCAAUUGUAUGGAGGGCUUCACCAUAACAUCCCCCGAGGAUUGGGAGCUAGAGGAUCGAACCAGUGGCUGCUCAAGAAUUACUCUGUUAGAAUGCAUUAGCAAUAAAAGCACAACUCAUACAACAGACAAGUUCUACUCUGUGCCAUAUGUUGAGUUGCCGCAGAAUGCCCCAAAAGUCGAAGCUCCUGCAAGCCCGAAUGAGUGCGCACAAAUUUGCCUGAAUAAUUGCUCUUGCAUGGCAUAUUCCUUCAAUGAUGAAAAAUGUUCUAUCUGGCAUAAUGAAUUGCUCAACAUAAGAGAACUACAAUGUAGUGGUACUACAUGUUCAAUCGGAGAAACUCUUAAUCUUCGUGUUUCUGCUAAAGAUUUCCACAGAUUGACAAACAACAGAAAGGAAAUUUGUUAUUGGAGUUGCAACUGGUGCAGGCAUUUCUGCUCUAGGUUUAUGUGCACUUUCUCUCCUGGUAAUGAUUUGGAGAAACAAAAGUAAGAGCUCUAGCCAUACACUGGAUGGUGUUCAAGGUUGUAACAGAAUCAUUGCAUUUAGAUACACUGAUUUACAGCACGCCACAACAAAAUUCAAAGAUA